AGGCAUUAUCUCAAACGUACAAAUCGCGCCAUUUCCCGAAGAAAGUAUGAACCACCCACUCCAACUACUAGUAGUGUACUUAGUGCUGUUCACAAUUUCCUCCUCCGCCGUCCAGCAGCGACCGCCGUCCAGCAGCGACGACGACCUCAUCCCAAUCCGUAGAGAGGUUUACGGCAAUGGCAGAAUCAUCGAUAUCACUCACCGAUACUCCCCAGAGACGCCCUGUUGGGAUUACCAGGAAAACGGGCUCGGCCAGUUCGUCUGGUUGACGAGGACCAUGAAGAACGGCUCCGAAGCCAAUUUCUCUGAGAUUAAGCUUCCGAAUCAUGCCGGCACGCACGUCGACGCUCCUGGUCACAUGUUUGAUCAUUACUUCGAUGCCGGAUUCGAUGUCGAUACGCUCGAUUUGGGAGUUCUCAAUGGUCCUGCACUGUUGGUUGAUGUACCAAGGGACACAAAUAUAACAGCUGAAGUUAUGAAGUCCUUAAAUAUCCCCAAAGGAAUAAUACGCGUGUUGUUCAGAACACUAAAUACUGACAGGAAGCUCAUGUAUAAAAAGGAAUAUGACACAAGCUAUACUGGAUUCAUGAAGGAUGGGGCAAAAUGGUUGGUGGAGAAUACUGACAUAAAACUUGUUGGACUGGAUUACUUGUCAGUUGCAGCUGAUGAUGACCUGAUUCCAGCUCACCUUGAGCUUCUGGAAAGCCGAGAAAUCAUUCUGGUGGAAGGCCUAAAACUGGAUGACAUUGGGACAGGAUUAUAUUCGGUUCAUUGCUUGCCUCUGAGGUUGUUAGGAGCUGAGGGGUCGCCAAUACGAUGCAUUCUAAUCAAAUGAAAAUUAUCUGAAUCUGAGGUUCGAAUCAAGGCAUCGUGACAUUCCUUCAGCUUCCAAAUUAUGGAGAAACUCCAAAACAGGUGAAUGUGAUGUAUGUACAUAGGAGUAUAAAAAGUUCGAAUCAAACAGGGUUGGAUUGUGUUAGACAUUGAGUAAAUUCUGGUUGGUUUUACCCUCAACUUGAAAUUUCGAGUCGGGUCUCGAGUUCAACUAUUUAGCAGUCAGUUCAACUCAGAUCCAAACCAAAAUGAUGUGUAUAUAUAUAUGCUUAAGUUCAUUCUCUGUCGUGUUGCAGUUGUUUGACAGCCUACAUUGUUUAAAAUGUCAGUUCAGACCAUUAGUCCGUAUCAUCAGCUAUCCAACCUAAUGCUCUUUACUUCAUAAAAGGGAUGAAAAGAAAGCCAAAAGAAAAUAUUGGUGGCA